AUGUAUGGUAUACGUUUGAAAGGCAUGGCCCUAUUUUCACAAACAGGGAUCAGAACCAUUAUCCGGACAAUAUCUGCAGGCUUUUUGACAAAGCUGAUUCUCCGCUCAUGCUAUCAAGAGGAUUCUUUCCAGCAUGAUUACCACUAUAGAUGGACAGAAGAACAAAUGGAUCCGUUUGACCUCAGUUGGUUGAUUGUUAAGCAUAACCCCGAUUACAAUGGUUCUGCGGACCUCUUCCUUCCACACCUCGAAGAAUUCGAAAUAUAUGACACAAUGGCAUCCGAUACCACGGCGCUAGAGUUUAUAACGAGCCGCCUAAACCCUCUCUCCCAUGUCGCCGUCUUAAAGUCUGUCCUUAUCUAUUUUAAUCGAGCUAAAGGACCAGACAAAAUUGAGAUUCAAGAACUAGCAGAAGCUCACGCUGUGCAUGCUGGUGUCUCAUUAAAACUGCACCUGAAAUAUCUGCCUCCUACGCUUGAGCUGAGAAAUCCAUUUAAUUUUGUCCCGCCCGCCGUACACUUUCCCCUCAGUGAACCGUUUGGUAGCCCACUGGACGACUUCUCUCAGGAAUAUGCCAGUGGUUAG